GUCCGCUCGCCCGCCCGCGUCCGCACAGCGCUGCUCCUCUCCUUCAUCACCUGCCUGUCGAAGCGGCGCAUCCUACACGAUGAUCACGGACGUACAGUUGGCAAUCUUUGCCAAUAUGCUGGGGGUAUCACUAUUCCUACUCGUUGUCCUGUACCACUAUGUUGCUGUUAACAAUCCUAAGAAGCUAGAGUGAUGUAAUAUCACAAAACCAUUAUAUUUACCAGUGUGACAAUUAGGACCAAUCAAAUUGGAAGAAAAGAUGGAAGCUUGUUUAGCAGAUGAAAGAAGAUCCACAUUGGAUUUUACCAAUACGUCAUUCAAAUAAAACAACUGCAUUAAGUGUGCUUUGUACUGAAAAAUGUGCCUUGUCAAUAAAUAUUGAAUUUGUUGGAAUUAUGGAGCACAUAUCUUUGAUUUCUUUAAAAUGAUUUGCAACUUACAAGUGCUGUGAAUUUGUGUUAAUUGAUGGAUAUUUUCUAUCCUACCUUUGGUUAAUGUUAACGUGUAUUUUAUGAUUUGCAGUUCUGUCUCGACGUCUGAUACAUGCACCUAAAGAUCAAAUAGUUUGUCUCCUACAUGUGAUAUCCAAGGUUCCGAUAUAUCAAUUUAUCAUAGAUUAAUUGGUAGUGUAAUCUAUUGCAUACACCGAUAAAAGCGAUAAAAUUAGUAAAUUAAUUUAUGUAAACUUUUAUACAAAUCAAUCUGUUUAUCAAUUGCAUGAAAAGCCAAUAUUUGACGUGAAACUUAAAUAUUCCCUUUUCUUUCCCUGCCCAAGAAUGUAAAAUUCUUCUGAUUUAUUUUGUGUCCCACAUAUUUUCUGGCAUUCAUUAUUUCAGUACUUGUCUGAUUCAUGACAGAUUGUAUGCUUAUCCUUCUUUACUUAAGUAAAAUGCAAUUCUGAUA